CGAGACCCAAUCAGUUAGAAGAGCGCCCGAGAAAGAGAAUUCUAUCCAUUCCCUGAUUCGAUCGAUCGAUUUGGUGGUCAGAAGAUAGAAGCUUUGGAUGAAAAUGGCGCCAGGAUCGAUUGCCGGCUUGCUGCUCUUGAUGGCGCUGGCUCUGUCCAUGCCUGGGAUGGAAUGCUCGCGGUUGGAGCCUCGGAAGAACAUCGAGGAGCGAUCGCCAUCGGGUCUUGAGCUCCGGAGCAAAUUCGUAGCGCCCUCCGGCCCCAAUCCGGGGGGGAAUGCCGCGAUCCUGGGAGGCAAGAAGGAGGUCUCUCGAUCGACGCUCAUUGGGGCCAAAUUCGAUGCUCCAUCAGGCCCCAAUCCAGGGGGGAAUCGCUUCGCUCAAGGCGCCAAGCUCGAGAUCGAGCUGGGCAGCAAGAUGCCCAAGGGAAACUUCACCCCCAAUCCAGGACCCAGCAAGGAUCACAAUGCGCAGACGAUGGGCUCGUCGUCCAGAGUGGCGAUUAGCAGCAAAUUGCCCAAAGGCAGCACGCCGGGCUCGAGCCCCAGCCCGGGACACAACUCGGUGUCUAGAAUGCUCAAAGUUCCAUCGCCGCCAUCCUCCAAGAUCGCCUGCACCGACGGCCUGGAUUCCAGCUCCAGCUUGCUUGCAACGGCCCAGAUCUUCUCCCAUAAUUAAAGGGGAAAAGGAGAUCCAAAACAACAUUUUUUGUAGGAGUAUGAUGAUCUUGAAAACGUGUACAUUUCAGUAAAUACGAAAAAGUGCAUAUAUGUAUAA